AUGCAUAGGCGAAACCCUGUUCUAAUGUCAACGAUGUCAAACCAACAACAAUAUGCUAAUGGACAGUUCCAAAUGUACCACCAACAAGACCAAAGACAACAAGAACAGAGGCAGCAGCAGGCACUUCCUCCAAUCAGUAAUUUACCAUCCAUCCACUCCCAACAGCAACAAGGGCAACAACAAGGGCAGCAACAGGGGCAGCAGUAUAGCACAUCACAGCAGGAACAAACACAUUCCAUGCCUCCCACUUCUUCUUCGUCGUCGUCUUCAACCUCCUCUGCAACAUCCGCGUUAGGUGUUCCUCACUAUGUAUUACCAGCAUUAAGAGCUCCUCCGCCAUUAACAGGCUCACAGAUUAUGAAUACUCAAUUACCUGCUUUAACACCAACUUUAACAAAUGCAACACAGUCAACGCAGUCAACGCAGUCAACACACUCAACAAUCUCAACGAUGUCAUCGACUUCAUCCGCCGAAUCGGUCACAAGCACGCUAUCAUCGCACACUGGCGGCAGCGGAAGCACUAAUGGGAAACCGAAAAGCAAAAGAUCUAGUAAAGGCAGAGUGUUUCAAUGUACUGGAUACGCUGGAUGCUCAAUGUCGUUCACGAGAUCAGAACAUUUAGCAAGACACAAGAGGAAGCAUACAGGGGAAAGACCAUUCACAUGUCCAUAUUGCUCUAAAAAUUUUAGUCGACUAGACAACUUGCGACAACAUAAGCAAACAGUUCACGCUUAUGAAACUUAUUUGACCAAGGAUAACAGUGACUCAAAGCUUUUGAUUGAAAGGUCGAAACAAAAGAAAAAGUUGAAGCACGAACAAAAAAAGAGUCAAUUGGCAACCAUCAUGCAGCAACAACAGCAACAACAGAAUGGACAAAAUGGACAAAAUAUGUCUUCAAAGUUCAAUGGCUUUCCUCACUUGGCACCUAUGCUGGAUUCACGACAGCAAUACCUUCCAAAGACACAUUCAACAUUGUCCCAAAGUCACUUUGCUAAUCACAACCCACAUUCGCCCAAUACAUACCCUCUGGCUCCGUCUUCUUAUAUAUACCCACCUCCACAACCACCGAGUCAGCAACCUCAUCAAAAUCCCCAUCCACAUCUACAACCACAUUUGCAGCCUACAAACGGCUCGUAUCACAAGCCAUUACCUCCAUUGCCGCAUCAGUUUAAUAAUGAACAACAAGUAAACGCCUCUUCUUUAUCAUUACCAUCUGGCCAAAGCUUAGACAUAACUGAACUCAAACAGCCAAGUAACCCAUUUAGACCAAAAAAGAGACCACAACCGUUAUCAUUACAACACUCGGCACUCGCAGGAUCCAACGAACACAUAUUGAGAUCAGCGCCCAUUGCACAAUCUACUUCCUAUCAUGAUUCACAGGGUAUGCAUAGUAGCAGCACGCUCGGCGUAGGUAGCCUCAGUUUGAAAAGUGGAGGUUUUGCUCAAAAUGGCCAAUAUCCGCCACCACCAAAGUCAGCAUCCUCUGUAGCAUCAAUGACCCCUAAUUUGGCAAGCCCAAUCUCACCAUUAUUUCACUCGUCGUUCCACCAAAAUAUGAACCAAGCAAACAGCGGUACACCACAACGGCAAGAGCGGCAAGAGCAGCAAUCGCUGCUACAAACACUGCUGCAACAAUACAUGCACCCGCAGUAUAAUCAGAUGAAUGGCAGUGCUGGAGACAAUCACAAUAACAUCAGCAAUAACUUGCCUACAAUGCAAUCGAUUCGACAACAACAACUGCAACUGCAACAACAACAACAACAACAACCGCAGCACGGGUCAUCUAUUACACCAAGAGCAUCCACGAUUACCAAUGCCUCAUUUAUUUCCGGAAGUUCGAACAAGUCGCCAAUGUCACAGCAUUUCUCAAUGAUUUCCAAUACAUCAAGCCAAUGGAGCUCGACAUCAACAAGGGAUAGUUUGCCAUCUUUCAAGUAUUUACCUACACCCACAAAUCUACAAUUGAAUAACAAUAGUAACAUUGCCCUGGAAGCACGCCGUGAUGGACAAAGUAGUAACUGGCUCAAAGGUGUGCUAAAUAGUGAUGACGGAAAUAAUAAAAAAACAAAUAACGAAGAUUCAAUGAUGAUUGAUGGAGACGGAAAUGGAAAUGGAGAUGGAAACUUGGGUAAAGAAAACAGAGAUUCGAUGGAUCUAUCCUUAUCUCGAGAAGCUUCGAUCAAUUCGGUCAUUGGAUCUGGUUCAAAUGAGAAAUUUUCACCUCAUCGCCGAUCACAAACGCAACUUCCACCAAUAGAGGGCACUUCAAUGGAAAAAAAUGAUUCUGUUGAUGUCGCCCUUGAUCGAAAGCCUGCAUCUGUCAAUAAGCAUGCCAAUAUUGGAGCGUCCUCGAUACUAUCAGUGCAAAACGAGACGCUGAAACGGCCGCUGAUUUUGAAUCAUGAUAAUGAUGAGGGUAUUGAUGGUGGCCACAGUAGUCAGAGUGUGCACACAUUAUUGUCGAAUCGUAGCGGUCUUUACUCGGGAAAACCUUUGCAACUGCCGACAUUGCCUCCUGUUAACAGUGGGGCAAGCGGGAGUGGUAGUGGAGGUAGUGGAAUAAACAAUGGAGAUCGCCGUGAUGGGAAUAUGACUAAUGGAACUUUGCCCAGCGUUCCUGCAUCUCCAUAUGUUUCUAAGAAACCAACCAUUAAUAGUUUGAUCAUGUAG